CAUCCCAUAAUUCUUUAAUUUUUAUUCUUUUACGGGCGCCUUUUUAUCAAUUCGACUGCUGAGUUGUCUAUCCUCUCUCUCUCUCUCUCCCUCUCUCUCUCUCUCUCUCUCUCUCUCUCCAACAGUACAAAUAUUUGGAAGACAACCUAUAAAUGAAGCAAAGAAAAACCAAAGCAACAAUCUCACUAUAUAAUGUUUACUAGCUGUUAAUUCUGCAGCUGCUUAAUUUCAUAUUCCUGUUAAGAUGGAAAUGAAAGAUGGGUGCAUCAACCUUCCUCCAGGCUUCCGAUUUUGCCCCACCGAUGAAGAACUUGUCCUACACUUUCUCUACCCUAAGGCCUUGCUCUUACCUUGCCAUCCCAACAUCAUUCCUGAACUUGAUCUUCAUCUGCUUCACCCUUGGGAACUGAAUGGCAAGGCACUGUUGAGUGGAAACCAUUGCUUCUUCUUUACCCAGAUGAUGGAAAAUCGAGUCCUGGAGAAUGGUUUUUGGAAGCAAUUAGAUACUGAGGAACCCAUCUUUGGUGGUGCAGGCAAGAAAAUUGGGAUGAAGAAAUUCUUCGUAUUCUACAUAAACGAAGCUCCUUUUGGUAUAGAAACAAAUUGGUUGAUGCAAGAAUAUCAUCUUUGCAAUUGGGACUCAACUCUAACAUCAUAUAAAACUACAGGAAAUCAAAAAUUGGAUUGUAGUAAAUGGGUUCUAUGUAGAGUUGAAGAGAGUAAGGGUAAUUCUCAGAGCUUCAGCUACAGCGAUGAAGAUGAUGGAACUGAGCUUUCAUGCCUUGAUGAAAUGUUCUUGUCAAUGGAUGAUGAUCUUGAUGAUAUAAGUUCCUCCAAAUUCUUCUGAAUUAUAACUAGUUUCUACUUAGUUUAGCUCUUUCUAUAUCUUUGGAUGUAAAAUAAAUUUAGCUGUGUUAGUAGGUAGUAUUAUGCUUAUGUCUAAACAUCCAUGUACAUUUUUAUUUUUUCUUUUCUCAAUCAACAACGAUCCAGGGGUUUUCUUUUUCUUUUUCUUUUUUCUGGCUAAAAUGCACAAUGGAUAUUAGACGAGA